GAUGGAAAAGCUGGACUUAAAAGUUCAGAGCAGUCAGGCCAAGUCCAUUGGCACCAUUUUGUCAAUCACAGGAGCAUACAUUGUAGUUUUUUACCAAGGGCCACCAAUCUUGUUCUCUCGACCUCUACCUAACCUUCAUUCGUUCUCUGUGUCACUGCAAUCUAAUUGGAUCGUUGGAGGCUUUCUCCUUGCAACAUCCAGCUUCUUGAUUUCAUUACUAUAUAUUGUGCAGACGUGGAUCAUCAAAGACUACCCUGCAGAGAUGGUCGUAACGCUUUUUGGAUGUAUCUUUGUGACAAUCCUAUCAGCCAUAGUUGCUUUGAUUGUAGAAAGGGAUCCAAAUGCUUGGACACUAAAACCCGAUGUGGAGUUGAUAACUAUUGUCUACUCGGCAGUUUUUAUGGUUUCAAUUCGGAGUGUGAUUUAUGCAUGGGUUUGUCGCAUAAAGGGCCCUGUCUUUGUUUCGACGUUUAGACCACUGGGGAUGGCCUUUGCAGUUUUCAUGGGGGUUACUUUUCUGAAAGAUACUCUCCAUAUUGGAAGUGUAAUUGGAGCAGUGAUAAUAGCUCUUGGCCUCUAUGCUGUGAUGUGGGGAAAAGCCAAUGAAGUCCAGAUCAUUGAAGAAAAUGUCAUCUCUAGGGUUGAUUCAUCGUCGGAUAAAGUCCCCCUCUUGCAAAACAAAAGCAUGGAGGUUUAAAAUAAUUGUACAUACGGUUGUUUUGGGAACUUAGCUUUUAGUCACUUUUUUAAGUUUGUAAUAAAAAUUAAAAGUUGACUUUUUUGUAUUUUUUUUUCAUUUGGAAAGUUGGUUUUCAGCCACUAGUGAAAUUACAAUUCUACUCCUCAUGGGUUAAAAUGUACUAAAUGACUGAAGUUGUAAAUAUUUUAAAUUGAAUGGGGAUAGUUUGGUCA